GGAGGAGUCACUCUUUAUGGUCUGAAGUAUAACAUUGCAGUCGGGGUCCUCUUUAUCAAUGCAUGGCUCUCAGGUAAAGGACACUUCUUCUACAGAGGCCAGGUGGAGGAUUCAGCCACAGCAGAGAUCUCCAGAUCACAGGUGUGGCAGUGGAUCCGUCACCAGACUCAGCUGGAGGAUGACAGCAGGCUGGUGAGCAGACGGCUGGUGACUGACCUCACUAAGGAGAUGGUGAUGGAGCUGUUGAUGGAGCUGGGGACAGGCCGUCCCUCUGACAGGGAUAAACGGAGGUUACUCACAGCAGCUGACAUGUUCCUGGAGGUUGUCCUGAAGAGAGAUUUUCCAGAGUUCAUCACCACAUACUUGAACCAGGACCACACCUUUCUUAGCUCCCAGAACACUGGACAGAUGGAGGCUAUAGGUGGAGAGAUACCCCGACCCAAACUGUGAGGGUCCGGCUGCAGACUGCUUCCUGGGCUCAGUGCUGUCUAAGAAGAU